UUCAUUUGGGUUUUUGAGUUGACCCUGCAAUGUUACAGGAACAAAUGGGGAAAAAGUUAACCAGAAUAUGAUUCAGCCUACCAUCCUGAAACUGUCUUCAUUUUGUUAAUAUCUUUAUGGGAACUAUAUAACAACCAUUGAGCCAUUGAUGACUUACCUGAAGCUGGAGGUUACAAUGGAGAAAUCUGUUGUUUUGGUCAUUGGCUUCUGGCUUUUGUUGUUGGGAAAUGGAGUUCAAUCUCAUAGACAAGACAAAAAGCAUCAAUCUCUUCCAAGGGAUCAGCCUUAUAGAACUGGCUACCACUUUCAGCCUCCCAAAAAUUGGAUGAAUGAUCCUAAUGGUCCAAUGUACUACAAGGGAGUUUACCAUCUAUUCUAUCAAUAUAAUCCGUAUGCUGCAGUGUGGGGCAACAUAACAUGGGCUCACUCAAUAUCAUAUGAUCUUGUCAACUGGAUUAAUCUUGAUAUUGCACUUUCUCCGGGUGAUCCUUUCGAUAUCAAUGGUUGCUGGUCAGGCUCAACUACGUUCCUUUCCGGGGAGAAACCUGUCAUUUUAUACACUGGAAGUGAUACCAUGAAUCGUCAAGUUCAGAACUUGGCUGAGCCAAAGAACCUAUCUGAUCCUCUGCUAAGGGAAUGGGUAAAAUCAUCUCAUAAUCCUCUAAUGUCCCCUGUUGAUGGUAUUGACCCAAAGAACUUUAGGGAUCCAACAACUGCUUGGCAAGGCCCUGAUGGAUUAUGGAGAGUCUUAGUUGGAAACGAGAUGGAUGGCCAUGGAAGGGCACUGCUCUAUCGAAGUCAAGAUUUCAUUACAUGGUCCCAGAGCAAAGAACCUAUUCACUCAUCCACAAGGACUGGCAUGUGGGAAUGUCCUGAUUUCUAUCCAGUUUCCAUUGAUGGAAAAAAUGGAGUUGAAACCUCUUCACUUGACAAAUUCACAAAACAAGUUCUCAAGGCAAGCUUCGACAACAGCGAUCACUAUGUACUAGGAAACUAUACCGCCGUGACAGAUAACUUUUUGGUUGACACUGAUUUUUUGGACAAUGGUUCAGAUUUACGAUAUGAUUAUGGUAACUUUUAUGCUUCAAAGACAUUUUUCGACAGUGGCAAGAAGAGAAGGAUUUUAUGGGGAUGGAUAUUAGAGUCUGAUAAUACAACAGAUGACGUCAAGAAAGGUUGGUCUGGUCUUCAGUCAAUUCCUCGAACCAUUCUCCUUAGUAAAACUGGUAAGCAAUUGAUUCAAUGGCCACUGGAAGAGAUUGAGAAGCAGCGUAUCAUAAAAGUCAGCUUCGAGAACAAGGAACUUAAGGGUGGAUCUGUACUUGAAGUCUCAGGCAUUACAGCUUCACAGGCCGAUGUCGAAGUUUCCUUCAGUUUGUCCAGCUUUAAGGAGGCUGAAUUAAUGGAUCCAAGUUGGGUUGAUCCAAAACUGCUCUGUAGUCAAAAGACAGCAUCAGUUCGAAGCAAUGUUGGACCAUUUGGAAUACUGGUUUUAGCUUCAAAAGACUUGACAGAGCAAACAGCAAUCUUCUUUCGCGUUUUUAGGAGCAAGGACAACUAUGUAGUGCUCAUGUGCAGCGAUCAGAGCAGGUCAUCAGUAGAGGAAGGACCCCAAAAGACCAUUUAUGGAGCUUUCAUUGACAUAGACCCUCUCAAUGAGAAGAUUUCACUGAGAAGUCUUAUAGAUCAUUCUAUUGUGGAGAGCUUUGGUGGGGAAGGAAGAGCUUGCAUCACUGCCAGAGUUUAUCCCAAGCUGGCCAUUGAUAACCAAGCCUACCUAUAUGCAUUCAACAAUGGCACAUUAGAUGUCAAUAUUCCAACCCUCAAUGCUUGGAGUAUGAAGAACGCUCAAAUAGUCUCUUCCACAAAAAGAAGAAAGCCAAAUCUCAACUAAAACAAGCAAAUACAACCAUAUACAUAACUUUUCCUCCAGUUUCCAGUCACCCAUUUCAUCAAACACAUUGCUGGUGAAACCUCCUGAAAUAUUUCAUCUUUUUUUUUUUUCCAUAUUUUAUAUGUAGUAUUUUCAGAGUACUCUCUAACGCAAGCAGUUACUUGCUUACCACUAGGAAUCCAUUUCUCACUGUUGUUAAUGCUUGCUUUUUGGCAAUUGUACCACAAAGCAUGUUUCCCCAAUGCUUGUAUUACCUUUUCCAUGCCUAAAAAUGCCCACAUAUUUGGUACCGUAAAA